AUGGAGUCAGUUGAGUCCAGUGGCAGUACAGCUGACUUAGUUUAUCAAAACGUGUCUGAAAUUCCUUCCCAUGAAAAUGUUGGUGUAAAAGCAUCUCUCCCUAAAGAAAACGAAUCGGUGUACAGUGAGGCUGAUGAUGGUAAGCCAAAAGCAGUUCCCGUGGCGGAGUUUGCACAAUACUUCAAGAACAAAUCAUCCAAUGGAGCCAUCGUGCUGAAAGAGGAAUUUAAGAAAUUACCCAGCAUUUUGCCGCACUCUUGGGAGGUUGGCAAAAACAACAAAAUGAAAAAUCGUUUUGGAAAUAUUACAACCUAUGAUCAUUCUCGCGUGGUUUUGGAGAAAAUAGAGGGUGAUCCGAAGUCUGACUACAUCAACGCUAGUUAUAUUCCGACGUUUGAUGAGGAAUCAAUGAACUACAUUGCAACGCAAGGUCCAACCUCGACAACAAUCAGCGAUUUCUGGCGAAUGAUCUGGCAGAAAAACUGUUCUGUUAUCGUCAUGUUAACCAACUUGGUCGAGCUUGGAAAGAACAAGUGUAAUCAGUAUUGGCCAGACAGCACUACCAGGUUUGGAUCCAUCACGGUAACAUUACUUAACACGCAAAACUUCGCUGACUACUGCAUCCGAACCUUAAAAUUAGUCAAGGGCACAAAGACGCGUGAGGUUCAUCAAUAUCAUUUCACAUCGUGGCCAGACAGAGGUGUCCCACACCAUUCCACUGCGCUGCUUGGAUUUAGAUGGAAGGUUCAUGCUCGAAAUCAGACCAGCGGCGGACCACUUGUUGUACAUUGCAGUGCUGGUGUUGGUCGAACUGGUACUUACAUUGGUAUUGACGCCAUGUUGGAAGGUGCUAAGAAGAAGAAUACGGUGUUCAUACAGAAUUACGUGCAAGUGAUGCGAAAACAUCGCCCUUAUAUGGUGCAGAAAGAUACCCAAUACGUUUUCAUACAUCAAGCUGUUAUGGAAGCUUUGACCUGUGGAACUACAGAGGUCGCUUCCCAAGAUUUACGGAUACGAAUGAACAAACUUGCCAGGGUCAUGUCAGAUGCUAAACACACUGGUUAUGCAGAUGAGUUCAAGCGUUUGGAGCUCGUCAGCAGCUGCCAGAGCUCAGGAGACGAAUUUACCGAGGGGUUUAAGCCCUCAAACCUCGACAAGAACAGGUUUUCAAAUAUAGUACCAAUGGACACUGCUCGGGUCAUGUUGAGGAGUUCUGAACCGAAUAAGGAUUACAUCAACGCCUCUUUUGUUGACGACUAUAGUCGACGUAAUGCUUACAUUUUGACUCAAGCCCCGUUAAACAAUACUGUUGACGACUUCUGGAGGAUGAUAUCACAGUAUGAUAUCGGCACAGUAGUGAUGUUAAACAGUUUGAAAGAAGAAAAAGAGCCUCCCAAGAAGACCUCGACUGUACAGCAUAUCCAAUUCACUGGAUGGGCGAAUGGAUACUCCAAGCCAGAUCCCCAAGAAAUACUCGACCUGUUGACUCUAUUAGAGCAGUCUCAGCAACAAUCUGGAGAUGGAGUCAUUGUUUUUCAAUGCAGUGAUGGUGUGGGUCGUAGCGGCUGUGUAGCUACAAUCAUGUCAGUGAUUGAACGAGUUAAGAUUGAGCAAACAGUUGAUGUUUUCCAGACCAUUAAACUGAUUCGAGCCAAAAGGCCUGGUGCUGUAAACACUCUGGAUCUCUACUCGUUCUGUUACAAGACAAUCCUAGCCUACCUGGAUUCUUUCAACUGUUAUUCAAACUUUGCAGAUUCUGACUGUGUUGAUCUGGAUCUGGGAAUCGAAAAUGGAGCAAUUCCUGACAGCGAAAUAACAGCUUCAUCUGAACUAAGUGCCAACACACCAGCCAAGAAUGGUCGAUUGAACUACACAUUAGGAUCAUCAUGGUGUGCAGAAACAAGUGACACUAACCCAUAUCUACAGAUUCAUCUACAGACACUUCAUAUCAUCUAUGCUGUGUCCACUCAAGGGAAUUCUCAAGCAGAUCAGUUG